CACAAAGUAAAAUCUAGAUUAUUAUAAAUUUUAAAUAUUAGAUGAUCCCCGGUAAAAAAUGAUGCUUCUUGAAUAAGCGUCUGACAACUUAGAUUGAAAGGAAAACAAAUAAUAGCGGAAAAAAAGAAUAAAGUAUGACAGACUCUGACUUAAAAGAACAGGGAAAUCGUUUUUUUACCGCAAGGAAAUAUGAUGAGGCCAUUGGAUGCUAUUCAAAAGCCAUUAUUAAAAAUCCAUACACGGCAACAUACUUCACAAACCGAGCACUUUGCUACAUAAAACAGAAACACUGGGAGAAUGCAGUACAGGAUUGUCGUAGAGCUUUAGAACUGGAUAAAACCCUGGUCAAAGGUCACUACUUUAUGGGACUUGCUCUUACAGAACAAAAUCACCAUGAUGAGGCUAUAGCUUGCCUAAAACGAGCAAAUGAACUAGCUAAAGAUUCAAGAAAGAAUUUUGGAGAUGAUAUAACUAGUGCUCUAAGACUUGCCAAGAGAAAAAGAUGGAGUCAGUUAGAAGAUAAACGUAUACAGCAGGAAAUAGAUCUACAGUCAUAUUUAAACAAAUUGAUUAGGGAUGAUAUUGAAAGAAGGAAAGAUAAAUUGAUAGAGAAUGCAGGAGAAAAUAAACUGUCAGAUUCAGACUGUGAUAAACAAAUUAGAGUGUUAGAGGAGGAACAGGAUAAACAUAUGGCAGAACUCAAUGAUUUAUUCGGUCAAGUUGAUGAAAGAAGACAAAAACGAGAUGUACCAGACUGUAUGUGUGGUAGAAUCAGUUUUGAGUUAAUGAGAGAUCCUGUGAUAACACCUAGUGGAAUUACCUAUGAUAAAAAAGACAUACUUGAACAUUUACAGAGAGUUGGUCAUUUUGAUCCUGUGACAAGAACAGAUUUAAAUCAGACUCAAUUAAUACCCAAUUUAUCAAUGAAAGAAGUUAUAGAACAUUAUCUCGAAGAAAAUCCAUGGGCAGAGGAGUUUUAAUUGUGUUAAAUGUAAUCUUGUAUAAAUGGGAAACAUGACCAGAUUGAACUGUUUUAAAUGUUGGCAGUGAGAAUGACUCACCAGUGCUAGCAGCAUUAACUUCUGCCAGCUUUGAAAACAGGAGCAGGCAGUUUCAAAUUUAUGGCUGGGAAAGUCGAGAUAGAAUGACAUCAUGCAAUUUUACAGAUGUAGAAAUCAAAAUAUGUGAAAUUAAAACAACUACGCAUGUAUUCUAGAAUAGUCCUAAAGAUUUAUAAUUACUCCGUGAACAGUUUAGUUUCAAUCUGUUUAACAACAUACCAGUGAUGAUAUCCACAAAAACAUUUCUGAGUAUCAGAUCAGCCCUGUGAUAGUAAACAGAUGAUGCUGAAAGUUGUGCUAGGAAAAUUAAAGGCUAUAUCAAGGUGAAACAGAGCUUCAUGAAAUUGGGUCUAGUGUUUAUAUUACCAUCAAUUUAGCCAACUUGUUUAAAGCUGCAUGCCUCCAGAUGAGCCAAAAUAUUUCAAGAAAAUCAAUUUUGAGUAAAAUGCACUAAACUUUUAAGAAAGGUAAAAAAAGAUCCAAGUUAUAUUUUACAUGUGCAGUUUUAGAAUGAUUUUGCAGUAUUUUAUCACCAUAAUUCUACUGUGUUACUAACGCAGUAAGGGCUGUUAUUGCAUCUAUUAACCACUUUUUGUUGUUUUUGUGGAUUGUAAGUGCUGAUUGCAAUAUGUUUAUUACUUAAUUUGUUCACCUCACAAUAUUUUUCUUUUAAAUACAUUUUCCAAAAUUUACAUGAAAAUUAACAUGAAUCUGGAGGCGUGCUGCUUUAAAGGACAAAAGUAAAGAUUUUAUGUCAGAGGGCUACUGCACAUCAUUCUGCAGUAGAAGGAAGCAUGUUAAGCGUGAGCUCACAGGGGGAGCUAUUAUAUCAGUCUGAGAAAUUCUGCAGAUGUUAAUACAUGAAAAAAAAGCUGCAUUAGACGUAUUCUCAUGUUUUGGUAAUUCCGCAUUUAUUGUCUGUUUCUCUAAUAAAGAAACUAUUUUUUUGUCAUGCCUUCCACAUGCUAUCAAAUGUUAUUUGACUGUUAUGUUUUGAUAAUAAAACUCCUUGGACUGUCAUUACCUUAAGCUAUUUUUACAUGGACCCAAAGAGUCGGGCAUAUUUAAAGUCCUACUACAAUGUCGCAUGCUCAUGUUUGUUUCUCUGUUAAUGUACAACUGCAUGCACAGUUUGAUUCAAGAAUAUGAAUUAAUAUACAUUGUACAUUUAUUAUCUUGAGAGUAAUGCUGGGUCAUUAUGAUACUCUUUGUUUGUUUCUUAUUUUUGGACAGGGUCUCUAAUCUCGACAAAAUAUUUGACAUACACAGAAAAUUGUCUCGUACGUAGAAAAUUGUAUAGGCAACAGGCUGAAUUUUUAUACAUUUGUUCAUUAAGUAAUGAAAUGUCCAUAGCCAGUUUAAAGGGUUUCAAGAUGUUUUAACUUGACAAGAGCAUCUUACAGUAUAGGGUCUCGUCAGGUCUUGUAUUUAUACUUUAAUAGUAAAUUAAGAAUACUAAAAAACCCUUCAGCAAUAUUUUUAGAUUGCAGAAUUCAAACUUUAUAAUAGUAUGCUUCCAUAUUUAAAUCACUAACUAUCCACAGGAUAUUACCUAUGACUUAUCACAACAGGGUGAAAAUAAAAAAAAACAGACAUAAUUAUUAAUUGCAUUAUACAUUCCAAGUUUCACCUAAAUUAUGAAUAUUUAUACUGUAAAAACAUAUUGUUCUUAAUUUGAUUUUUUUGAAAAUUUAUUUUUCUAAUGCAAAGGUGUGCUGCUUUAAAUGCAGAGUAAUUUUAAGAUGAUUUUAGAUGGAGGUAUUGGAUAAACAUUUGAAUGCCAACAGUCGUUUUGCAACUAUUAUAGAUCUAAGUUUGGUACAUAUCUCUUUAGACUAAACAUAUUUGCAUAAUUUUGGAUAUUUCUGAAUUCAAAGCCAGUUAACUCAUGUUCAAUCAAGGUUUAAUCAAUUUAUUAUUUUUGUAGACAUAAACUGCAACAUUUAUUCAAAUAUAUAUUAACAGAUCAUUUCCUCUUGUUCUAAAUUCAAAGAACAGUCAUACCACAAUUUCAGGCAGGGUAAAAGUUAUUUAAUUUUCAUACUUUUUAUAUGCCCGAAAGAAUUUCGGGCAUAUUAUGUUAUACCCCCUGGCGUCCGUACGUCCGUCCGUUAGCAAUUUGGUUUCCGGAGCAUAACUUAAGUUCCAUUUGGCCCACAGUAUUCAAACUUCAUAGGAUGAUUGUCCAUAUUGGGUAGAAGACCCCUAUUGAUUUUGGGGUCACAAGGUCAAAGGUCAAGGUCACUAAGACCUUAAAACUGAAAACAGUUUCCGGAGCAUAACUUAAGUUCCAUUUGGCCCACAGUGUUCAAACUUCAUAGGAUGAUUGUCCAUAUUGGGUACAAGACCCCUAUUGAUUUUGGGGUCACAAGGUCAAAGGUCAAGGUCACUAUGACCUUAAAACUGAAAACAGUUUCCGGAGCAUAACUUAAGUUCCAUUUGGCCCACAGUGUUCAAACUUCAUAGGAUGAUUGUCCAUAUUGGGUAGAAGACCCCUAUUGAUUUUGGGAUCCCAAGGUCAAAGGUCAAGGUCACUAUGACCUUAAAACUGACAACAGUUUCCGGAGCAUAACUUAAGUUUCAUUUGGCCCACAGUGUUCAAACUUCAUAGGAUGAUUGUCCAUAUUGGGUAGAAGACCCCUAUUGAUUUUGGGGUCACAAGGUCAAAGUCACUAUUACUUAGAAAUUGAAAACAGUUUCUUUAGCAUAACUUAAGUUUAAUUUAGCCCACAAUAUUCAAACUUCAUAGGAUGAUUGUCCAUAUUAGGUAGAAGACUCCUAUUGAUUUUGGGGUCACACGGUCAAAGUCACUAUGACCUUAAAACUGAAAACAGUUGUCGGAACAUAACUUAAGUUUCAUUUGGCCCACUAUGUUUAAACUUCAUAGUAUGAUUGUCCAUAUUGGGUAGAAGACCCCUAUUGAUUUGGGGUCACAAGGUCAAAGUCACUAUUACCUUAGAACUGAAGACAGUUUCCGGGGCAUAACUUAAGUUCCAUUUGGACCACAAUAUUGAAACUUCAAAGGAGGAUUAUUUUGUGAAGGAGGUAAUACUUUAUUUAAUUCCCAUGUCUUACAAAUGCUUCAUCUUUACUAAAAAAAAUAAUCACUUUCGGGCAUAUAAUGCUCCGCCUAGCAGUGCUCUUGUUUUAUUAUUUAUCAUUCAUUUCUUUGUAUAUGAUACAAUGUUUGUUUAAUGUUUCUUUUUCUGGGUUUUAACACUUCAAGUUGGUCAUUUUAUUUACUUAAGAAUUUAACUUAUUGUAAAAUGCAUUGUAUAAUCCUGUUAUUAAACCUUUGUAACAUUACAAUUUGUGGUAUCCACGUAUCAGGGUGUGUAAUAUUACACAAUACCCAUAUAUAUUAUAUGAAUGUGCAUCUACAUUUCUGUCUUUAAAAUUUAUUACACACCCAUGAAGUUUCUUCAAUGGCUAGCUCAGCUGUAAACAGAAUACAGUCACAUCUAAUCCAAAAUAUUUGUUUAUAACAUACAUGAGUCAUAUGUAUAAUACUUUCAUUGAAAUGUAUAUUGUUAUUAUUAUCAAUAAAGAUGCCUUUGUGA